ACGUCUACUGGGCCUGAGCCCCAACGGUCGGAUCCGACCUGCCUCUUAAACCCUCUCCUCAUCUUCCUCACCCACAAAUUUCGAACGAGAAAUCCCCACAUUAUCCCAUCGAUCCACCCCAAUCGCGCCUCAAAUCACGCACGCACGCACGCGGAGAUCCACCAUCCACCGAUCUGCCCCGCCCGCCUUCUCUCCCCCGAUUCCGAUCUCAUCGCUCGGCGCUAACCUCUCCGGUUCAGCAGCGGAAGGACGGCGGCGAUGAUGGAGGAGGACCCGCUGAUCCCGCUGGUGCACGUCUGGAACAACGCCGCCUUCGACGACUCCAACUCCUCCUCCGCCUCCGCCUGGCACGCGCACGCCACCCCCGCCCGCCUCGCCGCCGCCAGGCCCGACAAGGAGAACCGCCGCCCCGAGCGCCACGACGACGUCGACGCCGAGAUCGAGCACAUCGAGGCCGAGAUCCUCCGCCUCUCCUCCCGCCUCCACCACCUCCGCGUCUCCAGGGGGCUCGACCCCGUCCCCGCCAAGGCCCAGCCGCGGCCGCGGCCGCGGGCGAGGGGGCUCAGUCUCGGGCCCCUCGACGUCGCCCCCGCCUCCGCCGCAGCAAACCCUAACCCCGAGAACCAGCCGCUCGCCGCCACCCAGAAGCUGAAGCCCGCCGCCAAGCAGCAGGCCCCCGCGCCGGCGCGGGGCAGCAGAGGGCUCAGCCUCGGCCCGCUCGACAUCGCCGCCGCGAACCCUACAGCCACCAGGCUCCCCGCCGCGCGGCAACCGCAUCAGGCCGCCGUCCCCUCCACCCGCAUCCUCAAGCCCAUCAAGGAGCCCCCGGUGCAGCGCCGCAGGGGCGUCAGCCUGGGCCCGAUGGAGAUCCAGCACGGCAUCACCGGCAAGCCCACCCCCGCCACGGCGCGAGCCAAGCCGUUCCCCAGCAAGCUCAACGCGAUCCGCGAAGAGGGCGGCGGGCAGCCGUCCAGGCAGGCCGCGGUGCCCGCGAAGCUGUGGCCGUCGAGCAACGCGAGGCAAAGCGGAGCGGCGGCGGCGGCGGCGCCGAGCAGGGCCAAGGCGAGGAGCUCCAGCAUGAGCCCCAGGUCGAGGCGGCAGUCCGUCGCCAGGCUCACCGCCAACACGAGGCCGUUUGGGGCUACCAAGGCUGCCGACGAGCUCACGCCCAAGGGCGGCGCCACGAACCCCAUCAGCGGCGCGGCCACCUGCAGGAGGCCGUCCGGGAGCUCCAAGGUCAGGGUCGUCCCCAGCCGCUACAGCCUCAUGCCCGGCGCUUCAGCUGGAACACAGGAGCGGCGCCGCAAGGACUCGCUCCCGGGAUCACUGCCGGCGGCGGCGGACUCAACCCAGAAACAGGAAACCAGAGCAACGGCUACCACCACGGAGCCUCUGGACGAUGAUCUGUCACCUGAAUCACUAGACAAGGUUGCCGAAUUGCUGCCAAGGAUCAGGACCAUGCCGCCUCCCGACGAGACUCCUCGCGACUCGGGGUGCGCGAAGCGGGCCGCCGAUCUGGUCGGGAAGCGGUCGUUCUUCACCGCUGCGGUGGGCGACAGCGGUUCCAUCUCGUCCUACCAGGCUCGGGUCCUCGAAGCCGAAGAACCGGAGGAGGCAGCAUUGGCAGAGGAAGCUUUGGGCAAUGAGGAGCAGUGCAUGGUUCUGUCCAGCCCUUCUUCAUGAUUGAUUCUUCAGAGUGCCUGCUUAACUUGAGCAUUUCGGGUGAGGCUUUUUGCGGUGUGUUAGAUACAUAGUGCUACUGUUACAUUCAUCAUAUCUCAUGCUUCGUGUUUGCCAUUCCUUCUGUUAUUAAGGUUCUGGUAGAGUGUGAAGACCUUUUUAUAUGGGUGCUCUUGUUUUGAGUUUUACCUCUAAGUGUGCUCUGUUUUGAGUAAGUAGUGUCAUGGUGUGCUACUCAAACCUUUUGUCUGGAAAUGCAAGAGGAUAAUAUGCUGCUCCAAA